AUGCCAAGAAUCUGGAAAUCGGCUUAUGUCACACCAAUUUACAAAAAAGGCCCAAGAGAUCAAGUUGACAACUACCGACCUAUUUCCAAAUUAUGUCUAUUUGCAAAAGUGCUUGAAAGAAUUGUCUAUGAUCAACUAUAUGCUGCCCUAAAACAUACACUUAGCUUUCAACAACACGGUUUCGUCAAGGGUCGGUCAACAACUACUAAUCUUAUAUUAUGUACUGACUACUUAUCAGAACAUAUGUCAGAGCCCUCACAAGUCGAUGUGGUCUACAUAGACUAUAGCAAAUGCUUUGAUCGAAUAGACCAUUUGCUAUUAUUACACAAAAUUCAAUCAGUAGGAAUACGAGGUAAUUUAUAUCGGUGGUUCACCUCUUACGUCCAAAAUCGGAGUCAGACAGUUGCCCUAAAUGGUUACACCUCUAAGGCCAUGCCAAUACCUUCUGGUGUCCCACAGGGCUCCUUGCUAGGGCCUUUACUCUUUAAUAUUUUUGUUAAUGAUAUCAUCAUAUGUUUCAAGUACUCAAAAAUCCUACUUUACGCCGAUGAUAUGAAAAUAUUAAGUCCAAUAACGUCCCUCGAAAGCGCAUAUCAUUUGCAAGAAGACUUGGGUAGGUUUGAAAAUUACUGUCUAUACAAUAAAUUAGACUUAAAUGUCUCCAAAUGCUAUAUUUGCACAUACACACGGAAGACUAAACCUAUAAUUUUCCGCUACACUAUAAAACAUAUAGAUAUAACUAGAGUCAACACUAUCCGCGAUUUAGGAGUAAUUUUUGACUCCAAAUUACUGUUUAAUAAACAUAUUGACAAUAUUAUAAACAAAGCCUCUAAAGCUCUUGGCUUUAUUUUAAGAAUGUCUUCUGAUUUCAAUUCUAUUAAAACCUUCAAAAUUCUUUACUGUGCUUUCGUACGAAGUCAUCUAGAGUAUGCCUCUCAAGUAUGGAAUCCUACCUAUAAUAUUUACUCUACGCGUAUUGAACGGAUUCAGAAAAAAUUUCUUCGCUAUCUUCAAUUUAGAGUUAAGAUCUUUCUACCGAAUUACACAACACGUUGCCGAAAGUUUCACAUUUUGCCGCUAUAUGAAAGAAGGCGCAUAGCGGAUCUAUCUUUUCUAAUUAAUAUAGCAAAUAGCACGAUCGACUGUCCCGAACUGUUGGAGCAAAUACGUUUACAAGUUCCAUACGCAUCUUCACGCAAGCCAUGCAAACUAUACGUGCCGGGAGUAAAUACAAACUACAGGCAAAAUUCUUAUUUAAUAAGAGUGAGCAAGUGUUUCAAUGACGUGGCGAAAAUACAAAAUGUAGACUUAUUUAACACCUCUAGCAGGCAGCUUAAGCGUCUACUGAGUAAUAAGUUUUUCGUUUACUGA